AUGAACGAGGUGGAUCGUGAGCUCAUUCGAGCUGAGGAGGAUGCUCGGCAACCGGCUUCUCCCACUCAACGACCUCACCGUGCCAGUAAUGAAGUCGAACGAAUUAUCUCGGCUUCUUCCGUAUCAACAUCUUCUAGCGAAGUCGCCGUGCGGCGAAACAUAGGAACUAUGAGUCGCAUUCCCACGUCGCGGGACCUCGAAAGACAUCCUACCGAACUCAGCCGAAUCAAUACUGCCCGAAGUCAACAUGACGCAACUGUCGGACGAAGUGUUAGGAGUCGAGAUUCCAGAAAACCAUUACCUGCCUUCGGUGCCGGUAAACCAUUUCCGCCACCUUUGCCGGAUCAAGAGGAAUAUGUCGUCGAGUUUGAUGGACCCGAUGAUCCAUACCACGCGCAAAAUUGGUCACUAAAGAAGAAGCUUCUCACAGCUGCCAUGCUUGGUUAUACUACUAUGACUUCUGCUUUCGCAUCUAGCAUCUUCUCGGCCGCAACCCCGGCCGUCGCCGCGGAAUUUGGUGUCAGUACGGAAGUCGGUAUCUUGGGCGUAUCCCUCUUCGUCGUUGGUUUCGCAACCGGUCCGACAUUCUGGGCACCAUUAUCCGAAUUAAAGGGGCGACGUUUACCUGUCGUGAUAGCCAUGUUCGGAUUCUCGGUCUUCUCUAUCGCAUGUGCUGUGGCAAAGGAUUUACAAACUCUACUCAUAUGUCGCUUCUUUGCCGGUUUCUGUGGCGCUUGCCCGCUAGCUGUCGUCGCUGCUAUAUUCUCGGAUAUGUUCAACAACGCGACUCGAGGUGUCGCUAUCACCAUUUUCUCCAUGGCAGUUUUCUCCGGACCACUGCUGGCCCCUUUUAUAGGAGGAUUCAUCGUUCAGUCAUACCUAGGGUGGCGUUGGACUAUGUACCUCAUAAGCAUUAUGGGCUUCGUCGCAUUUGCCCUCGACCUAUUCUUUUUGCGCGAGACCUACCCUCCUGUAAUCCUGAUCGAGAAAGCGGCUGAGUUACGUCGCCGCACUAGGAAUUGGGGUAUUCAUGCCAAACAAGAAGAGAUUGAGGUUGAUUUCAAGGAAUUAGUCCAGAAGAAUUUCCUUCGUCCCAUGCGACUUCUAUUUACCGAACCCAUCAUCACCCUCCUAUCCAUAUACAUGGCCUUCAUUUAUGGAUUACUCUAUCUAUUCCUCACAGCUUAUCCCAUUGUCUUCAUGGGAGUUCAUCACUUCAACUCGGGUCAAUCAGGUCUGGCUUUCUUUGGAAUGAUCCUUGGACAGCUCGUAGCAGGCACUGUAGUGCUACUCGACCAACCUCGGUAUCAGCGUAAGCUCGCCGCCAAUGGUGGUGUACCCAUCCCGGAAUGGCGUCUCCCCAUUGUGAUCGCCGGUGGUGUGUCCUUCACUGGUGGUAUCUUCUGGUUUGGUUGGUCAGGUUAUCGAUCCGAUGUUCAUUGGAUUGUGCCAGCUGCUUCAGGUCUUAUGACUGGUUUCGGUCUCAUGGGCAUUUUCCUCCAGGCCCUAAAUUACCUUGUCGAUGCUUACCUCAUGUUCGCCGCUUCAGCCAUCGCGGGCAACACCUUCCUUCGAUCACUCUGUGGUGCUGGAUUCCCGUUGUUUGCUACGUAUAUGUUCAACGGAAUGGGCAUCCAAUGGGCUUCUACGUUGUUAGGUUGUGUAGCAGCAGCCCUCGUGCCAAUCCCGGUCUUGUUUUACAUGUACGGUGCUAAGAUUCGGCAAAGGAGCCAAUUCGCUCCAAUGAUGUCGGGUAAUACUCCAGGACUUUCCGCCGCGGCUAAGACUAGUGAUGACACCGCAGUGGAAGGCGAUAGUCCGGUGGAUCACGCCGCUGCCUCUAACGUCCCCAGAAGGGAUGUUGAGUCGGAAAAGAUUUAA